UUGUAUUGUUGAUAGAAACAGAAAAAAUAUUGUCAUAAAUUUACUUGAUAAUAAUUAAGCAUAAUUCUCAUAGUACUUGUUAUACAGAUUGAAUAAUAAGGCAACUUGAUCUUAAGAAUUUACAGUAACAUAUUUUAAGAAAAACUACGCUGUGAAACUUACACAAAUAAAUGACAGAUUGAAUGAAAUGUCUAAGGAAAAAUAUUUUGCUCAGUAUAAAAGUCCCAACACUGUUAUUGUUCCGACUGCUGUAUGUUUUCCACCAUCACCUAAGAGACAAAAGGUGGAAGUUCCUCUGCAAAGCCAAUCACCACAACAUGUAGACUUAACUUUUUUGGACGACUUUAAUAUUGAUGAAAUAGUUGAAUGCUUAUUUAAUUGUGAUAGUAAUGAUGGAACUUUGCAAGAAAAAGUAAAAGGCUCAGACACUUCACCUCUAACAAGUGAGCAAAAUGAAAUAGUUUUAAGUAAAGAAUCAAUAGCAAAUGUAGUUAUCAAUCAUAACUAUAAUGGAAAUAAUUAUGAAGCAAUUGUCAAUGAAUCUGAUACAAAAAAUGUACUAAAUAUUUCUCUAAAAACCAAUCAAAAUGUAGAAGAAAAAGAAACAACUACAAACAAAGAUGAUAUAGAUAAAAUAGAAAGUCUUGUACACAAGUCGCACCCUGAUCAAGUUUUAGAAGACAAUAUUAGAUUACAACAAAUAUCCAAAGAAGCAAGUAUAAUUAAAAAUCAUGAAAUUCAAAGCAAGUCUAAGGAAACUGAUUGUAAGGAAGACACCACAGACAAAAAUGAGUUUAAUGUAACAAAAAAUAAUGAUUGUUUGUUGAAACUUAGUCGCUUCGACGACGAUAUUGUUAUAGAAAAAGACGAGAAUGACAUGAAACUAACUCAAAAAGAAGUAAAUAAACCUAAUGAUAUUAAAGAGAAAAAAGAAUUGCUAGGAACACCAAUAUGCAAUAAACAUAAAACGGUGCCUAUAAAUGCUGUUCAAUACAAAAAAGACAAUCUAUGCAAAGAGCUAGCAAGAAAAAUGUCUUAUUAUUUACAUACAAAAUAUUGCGUGGAAUCAAUACAUUAUGGUCGAUUUUCUAGGAUAUUCAAAUGCCAAGAUUCUGUUGGUAAACAGUAUUCAGUUAAGAUGUUAAAUAAUAGAUCAGAUAAAUUUAAUCUUGGUGUAAAAAAAAGAAAAAUGUUAAUGGAGAUUCAAACUGAUAUUCCAAAAGAUAAUUUAUUCUGUGUGUAUUUAAAAAAGACUUUUUACGUUAAUGGUUUUUGGUGCUUUUUGAUGGAGUUUUUUCCGAAAAAUUUAGAACAAGCACUGAAAGAGAAACCUUUUCACAUUAAUAUGGUACAAGAUCUUGCUAGGCAGCUUGUAACAGCUGUUACAUUACUCAGGAAUAAUGAAAUAGUUCAUUCUGAUAUUAACCCUUCUCACAUUUUACUUAAUAGUUCUAACACAAAAAUGAAAUUGUGUGGUUUUGAUGGUUCCUAUUAUAUAUGUGAGGCUGAAAUCUCACCACAUAUAGGUUCUAAACCAUACCGGGCACCCGAAGUGAUAUUGGGUUACUCAGCUGGAUUUAGUAUUGAUGUAUGGUCUACUGCUUUGAUAAUACACGAAAUGGCAACUAGUCAAAAACUAUUUCCUGGCUAUCAUAACUGGGAUAUUUUAUACAGACAAAUGUGUACUUUAGGUAACAUACCGUUUGAAAUGUUAAAUAGGUCAUACUUUACCAAUAAAUAUUUUGUUCAUGGAAUGUUUAAGAAAAACAUUGGUAUUAAAGACGAGAUAAUGGUAAAGAACAUAUUUAAAAGAAGCGAAAAGAUAUCGAAAACAGUUCAUGAUGCCUACUACAGUCAUUGGGCACCUUCCAGAACAAAAAUGCAGAAGUCAAUGGAUGUUCAAAAGAUUAAUUCCCUAAUUAGCUUACUUAAUCAAAUGCUAGUUAUUUAUCCGAAUCACAGAUUACCUAUUGAAUUUGUUUAUGCAAAUCCGUUUAUAUAUGAGAUGUUUGAUUGUUGAAUAAUUUUCAUUGUUUUCUCAAGAGUUGAAAUGUCUGUUGAAUUGCUACUGAUUUAAGGUUAAGACUCUUUAUAUAUUUUAUAUUAUGAGAGUAACCACUCAUUUGUUUAUUUUUGUUAAUCUUGAAUUUAUGUUAGUUAAUGUUUAUAUUAGUUGCAAUAAUAAAAAUAUCUUGUCA